UCCAGUUUUUCGUGAGAUGGUGUUGUUGUGGUAGUGUUUGGAAUAUAUUUCCUCGCGGAAUUAGAGUUUUGAAUUAUAUUUGCUAAUUAUUCAUACCUAACACAAGGGGAAAAGAGUUUUAAAAGUUUUCAAAUUUGAUAAUAAAAUAGUUUGAUAGCAUAACAAGUUCAAAAGUGUCCAACUGUCCGGCAUAUUUGCCCAACUUCAGACUGAUAGUUCCGAGUGCGUUGACUUUCUAAUAAUAGCACGGUUUUCCGUAAAUAUAUUCUAUCGGAGGAAAAGUGGAAAAUUGUCGUGUUCUAAAGUUUCGGCAUCGGAUUUACUAGUGUUCCAGCUAAAGGUUUCCGCUUCUGGGUCUUCCAUUGAAGUCUAUCUGCAGGAUAGAAUUCCACCGAUAAUCAGUAGCAGCGUUUGCUAGCUAAUAGCACAUACUCGGCAGUCCUAAGAAAUUCACAAUAAACAGACCAGUGCAAAACAAAAAACAUCUCAGGGAAAAGCCAGAACCAACAAAGACACCCGUGACCGCUCGACUGUGUCAUGGCUGAAGCCCAUUCGGCUGUUGCAUUCUCGUUCUCCAUCACCCAUGAAGGAUGGCACCUGAACUACGACCGGGAAGUGUUGAACUUGGUUUGGCAGUCCGGCAUUAGGUCAUGGAAAAAGCGGCUAGCGCGGUUCAGGGCUGGCGUUCACAAUGGAGUUUAUCCUGCUCAUUUGCAGAGCCUUUGGUUGGUGAUAGCUGUUGCCAUUGCAUUACAUUUUACACAACGACAUGUUCCAUUUAACUUAGUCAACAAUUUUUUAAAGAUAUUACCAGGAGAUACGGUGAAUUAUCAGGUGACAGCAUGCUGUCUGGCGGGUCUCUUAUUCUGGCUAUGCAUCUGCUACACAAUGCGCUACUCGUUAAAGUUGUUGCUAAUGUACAAAGGUUGGAUGUACGAGAAGCGAGCUCCAGGCAGCAAAGUUUCCUUGGGGACAAGAGUGUGGGCUCUAUUCGUUAAAAUAUUAGCUACUUGGAAUAAACCCGGUUUGUACAGCUUCCAAGGCUCCCUCCCGCGUCUACCUUUGCCAAGCGUUAAAGAUACUAUGUCUCGGUACCUGCGUUCGGUUCGUCCUCUGCUGGACGACGAAAACUAUACUCGCAUGGAAAGGUUAGCUAACGAGUUCCAGAACGGAAUAGCUACCAAGCUGCAACGUUAUCUGCUGUUGAAGAGCUGGUGGUCUACCAACUACGUAUCCGAUUGGUGGGAGGAAUACGUCUACCUUCGCGGACGAAGUGCUCUGAUGGUUAACAGUAACUUCUACGGUAUCGAUGCUAUUUUCACUCAACCGACCACAGUUCAAAGUGCUCGUGCCGCCAGUGUGAUCAACAUGCUUCUUCAAUUCAGGAGAUCAGUUGAACGGCAGGAGCUGGAGCCCAUUCUGGUACAGGGGCUGGUUCCUCUAUGCUCGUGGCAGUACGAGCGCAUCUUCAACACUGUACGUAUUCCGGGGGUCGAAACCGACAAAAUCGUACACUAUCAAGACUCCAAUCACAUUGUGGUGCUACACAAAGCCUGCUACUAUAAGGUUAUCAUCUACCAUAACGGCCGCAUUCUGCGUCCUUGUGAGAUUCAGAUUCAAAUUGAAGAAAUAUUGAAUAGCACCGCAAAACCGCAAGUUGGGGAGGAACUGCUGGCAUCAUUGACCGCUGGUGAUCGUACCAAAUGGGCCAAAAUCCGUGAGUCGGUGUUUGCAAAGGGACCUAACAAAACAUCGCUGCAUCUCAUCGAAAGUGCCGCCUUUGUGCUGUCACUGGAUCAGGAGCCAUUUGAGUUUGACAUGGCACAUCCAGAGAAGUUGGAUCAGUUUGGAAGAUAUCUGCUGCACGGAAAGGGACACGAUAGAUGGUUCGACAAAAGCUUCACCGUUUGUAUCGGGAGCAACGGAAGGAUUGGAUUCAACGCAGAACACACCUGGGCGGAUGCAGCAGUGAUGUCGCAUAUCUGGGAAAUGAUGAUCAUGGAUGAGAAUGAACCGCGGGCCGAUGCCCCAGUGAUGGCUCACGUAUGGGAAAACAUUGUUGCAGAGGAGGCGCUACAAAACCGAUAUGACGAAAAUGGCAACACACUCGGCAUUCCAGAGUUUGAACCACCGAAACCGAAGCGUCUCGUUUUCGACCUUGACAACAAGGUAGCGCUGGACGCUAUCCAGGAGGCUCAUCUGGCUGCACAGCAGUUGCUCAAUGAUGUCGAUCUGCGAAUUUUCGUACACGACGCGUACGGUAAGGGUCUGAUGAAGAAGUGUCGCCUCUCGCCAGACGCUUUCCUCCAGAUGGCUCUGCAGUUGGCCUACUACCGCGAUGCUGGAAAGUUUUCGCUGACCUACGAGGCAUCUAUGACACGUCUGUUCCGCGAGGGUCGUACCGAAACAGUGCGCCCGUGUACAAUCGAAUCAGCGGCGUGGGUGAAGUCUAUGAAUGAUCCAAAAAUUAGUGCCGUAGAACGUGUUAGGCUUCUGAACGUGGCUUGCGAGCGCCAUCAGCUUGGUUAUCAGGACGCUAUGUGUGGUAAGGGCAUAGACCGGCACUUGUUCUGCUUGUACGUCGUAUCCAAGUACUUGGAGCUUGAUUCGCCCUUCCUGAAGGAAGUUCUGAGCGAGCCGUGGAGGUUGUCCACUAGUCAAACGCCACACGGCCAAACCGCAAAGAUGGAUCUGAAGAAGCAUCCCAAUUGUAUCAGUGCGGGCGGUGGUUUCGGUCCUGUUGCCGACGAUGGUUAUGGCGUUUCUUAUAUCGUUGCUGGCGAGGACCUGAUAUUCUUCCACAUCUCCUCGAAAAAGACUUGUGGAACAACGAAUUCCGAGCGUUUCGCUCAAGAAAUCGCCCGCGCGCUAGCGGACAUGAAGCACCUAUUCGAAGAAUACAAAAGUCAACAGCAAAAACAUGCAAUCAACGGAACGCCAGUAUCAUCUAAAUAGAAUAAUUCUUUACCCCCCUUCAAGAAUGGUGAUCGGUAUGCAAUGAAGCUGAACAGUAUUGUUCAGUUGCCGGCGUAGAAACUGACUCACAAACAUAUCCACCAUCGUGCGUAUUGCAGGCAUGCGAAGAAGGCAGGACUCCUUCCUUCGUCCGAUAGUCUGCGCAACUAUUUUAUGUUCGUUCUGUUAUGACUCUGCAAGUUGAUAUGAUUUAGGUAGAUACCGUAGAAAGUAUGGAAGAAAUGCGUUAUGUUUAAAAGAUAAUGUUGAUAUUAAAGUCUAGUUAUUUUAUCGAGAAGUUUUUAGGUUAAUCAACGAGAAAGUAAAAUCCCACACUCAAUAAAAGUGAAGUUUCAACACAAACUCGUAUGAACUAAUCUUUACCUGUAUGUGGUCGAUAAAUCAGGAAACAAUCCAUCACCUCAACAUUGCCCCAAAAAUUGGGCAAACACUAUCAAUAGACAAAUCAAUAAAAGCAAUCAUUUGUUUCUCUAUGAAAAAUGCCGUCUGAUGAAGCAAUAAGCGAUUUUGAAACGAUUAACACAACCUGGAUGGAAAACAAAAUUAGCUGUCCAUAUAGAUUUGAAAUUAUGAAGGCAAUUAUCAAUGCAAUUUUAACUAUUACCAAGAGUAGAUGGCGGCUACAGUGAAGCGAUAUUUGAGCGAACAAAUGUUCAGUUGAUGUGGUCUCCGAUAUUUGAAUUGAAAUACGGCUAGAAAUAAUGCGAUGCCAAUAAAAUGGAAUUUAUUAUAGUGAA